AUGCCAAGCUCAAUCAGCAACAGUGAACCUUUCUUCACUGCUGUGUCUUCUGUAAAACAUAUCCACUCCCAGAUCCCGCUCCUAGAAGCGGUCUCUGCCACACUACUAUGGACUUCGAUGCUUGCGAUAUGCCUUAUCGGCUGGACCCUUUACGGACGACCGCUGCAGGAUAGCUGUGGCAAUCAGAUUCCCAAAGGGCCGCUAGGUCUGCCUGUCCUGGGGUCUUUUCCCUUCUUGACCAAGUAUCCAGAGAUGACUCUUGAUCACUGGGCCAAGAAGUUUGGGAGUUUGUACUCGAUCUGGUUGGGCAAUCAACUGUUCGUAAUUGUGUCGGACCCUCGUGUUGCCAAAGAAUUGCUGGUCACCAAUGGCAGCGUGUUCUCAUCUCGGCCAGACAUGUUUAUCAAAUGUCAGACUGUUCUCGUGGGUCGAGCCAUUGUCGCCACGCCAUACAAUGAUCGAUGGCGUAAACAUCGUCGAAUUGCAUUAUCAUGGCUGAACCAAAAGGCUGUCGACACUUACGCGGAGAUCGUUGACCGCGAGUCCAUGUCCUUGACAAAGGCAAUUUUUGAUCGAAGUGACCACGGAAAUGUUCCCGUUCGUCCUUAUCCUCUUAUCGGUCGUUGUUUGUUCAACACCAUGGCCACGAUCAACUUUGGCUUCCGGAUUGAUAGCAUUGAACAUCCUCUGGUCAGACAAAUAUUGAAACUGCAUCGCGAGUUCAUGAACUGCACUGGGUCUGUGUCGAAUCUAGUCGAUUUUAUUCCCCUGCUGCAGUAUCUCCCGACGCCGAUGUACGAACGUGGCAAAAAGGUCCAUCGAGGACUAGUCGAGAUAUACGGAGGUUUUCUCAAGAACGUCGAAAAACAAAUGGAAGAAGGAAAGGCGGUUCCAAAUUGUCUCGGCAGGACCAUGGUCGAAGUCCGGGACAAGGAGCAACUAGAUGAGCUAGACAUGACGAUGCUGGCCUCAGCCUUCAUGCUCGCUGGUGUCGAAAACCUCGGUGCAAUCUUGCAAUGGUUUUCCGCAUUGAUUCCCACUUUCCCCGAAGUCCAGAAGAAAUCACAUGAAGAUCUCGACCGUGUGGUGGGACGAGAUCGCUUGCCCACAAUUGACGACGAGAAAAGCCUGCCAUACUGUCGUGCCAUUGUCAAAGAAGUCGAGAGAGUCCACAACCCUUUUUGGUUGGGAACGCCUCAUGCGACAAGCGAGGAUUUUGUCUACCAGGGUCAAUUUAUUCCCAAGGAUACAGUAGUUGUUCUGAAUACCUGGACCAUGCACCACGAUUCCGAGCAGUAUCCUCAGCCCGACCUGUUCAAUCCUGAUCGGUAUAUCGACGAUUCCUUGACAUCAGCAGAGAGUGCCCAUUUGGCCGACCCUAUGAAACGUGACCAUUGGAUGUUUGGCGCCGGCGCAACGAGUGAUCUGGCUAGCCAUAUCUCGUAUGCUCUGGGCUUUUGA